AUGACGGAGGCCGGGGUCUGGGAAACCGACUUUUCGCUGGGUGACUUGAUCAAUCUGGACGACGAGUCGGAAGGCAAAAAUUCGACGGAGACGAAGGAGACCAAGACCCGGAUCCCAGAGUUUCCGGCUGUGGAUGGCCCGGAAUCUCUCCAGGAAUUCCUAGGCCAAUAUAAAAAAGCCUGUUUGAACAAGAAAGCAGCCAUGAAGGCUGCCAAGGAGAGGUUCCAGAAAGAUGGCACCACGGGCCACGAGACCGACUUGGGCGAGCUCGAGAAGGUGCACAGCAACAUCGCUGGUCUCUACCAGCAGCUUACUGGGCUGGAGGAAGACACCUGGUGGUGGCGGCAGAAGACCCAGACGGUACCGUAUGUCAAGAAAGGGCUGUGCAAACAUGCUAUGCUCAGUGUAGUUGACUUCGCUGAGCAUCUCGCCAACUCCGAACACUACGCUUACAAGCUAUUGGCUGGGUGUGCCAAGAGGGAAUCGUGCAGAUGGAAGGCCGAAUUUGCAAACUUUUGGCAACGGUUCGCGACCAUUGAGCCGCAUCAUGAUGUGUAUAGACGCUACAGCCACUGCUUGGGGAACUGUUGCCCUAUCUUUCUUCAUGGGGAUGAAGGCACGAGCUACGGCAAGAAGGGCCUUUUCCAGUUUUCGUGGUCCCCCGUUUUGAGUGCUGGUGCUUCUGGUCUGCACAGGUAUUUCAUGAUUUCGCAGCUGUCGUACAAGUUCUACGCUAAGCUUGCUAAGGGCAACGCCAAGGGAAACCCAGCAUUGGAUGCCAUCAUGGCUGCAGGUUGCCACUCCUGUUUGGCCGCUUAUGAAGUUGGGGUCAAGUGCGGCCAAGAACGCACCUACUUGGUCACCAUCGGCCUGUUUUUUGUGUACUGCGUCAGUUCCGUUGUCCUGGCCCAGCUCCUGGAAGCAGAGAUGGAGAUGGAGGCCAAUAUCUUCUUCAACAACAGUGCUCCCGCGACUAGCGUGCGAGAAGUCUUCUCCGUGCGGAGCACGCCGGGCAGGGCGUCCAUCGAGACUGCCGACGAGGCGGAAGAUAGGGCCUCCUGCAGUGGACGCGUGCAGUUCCGGGUCGUCACUGCGCUCUGGUUUCUCUGCCUAGUGGCGAUGGCAUUGCCAGCACCGCCGCUGUCGCUGCAGGUGCGCAUUGCUGGCCUCGUGGUCUACAGGCAAGAGCCCACGAUUCUUGAGCUUUUCGCCAGCCUCGCAGCUCAGAGCCUUUGUUUUGCAGCCGUUGAGGUCGUCCUGGUCGUCGUCGCACCGCUUUGCUGCGUUCUUCAGAGCUUGUUCCAGCCGCAGACCACCUGUGCGAAGAUCGCGCAACACCGCGUCAUCUCUCCGAGCAUCAUGGGAGAUGUUGCGGCGGUGGCGCUGUGCACUCUCUACCUCUCCAUCCAGGAGCCCUGGAGCAAGUUCGUGCGGCUGUGCGUUCGCCUUCCGGAGCAUCCGUGGGUUCUUUGUGCCGUCCUGGGCGCAGGUGUUUGCUCGGCCUGGCUGAGGGGAUCGGCACAGGCAGCAGGCGCGAUACGAUCCCAGGGCUUCUGCUGCUCCGCUUGCGCGGGGGCCGUAUGGGUGUUCUGGUGCCUGGCAAUCUGCUUCCUCGGCCCCAGGGAGCCAACGCGACCGGCCAACCUGGCAGAGUUGAAUCUUGCUCUUCGCAGAGACCGCGCUGCUGUCGUCACCUUCCUGCAACGGAGGCUCCCACCCAGCGCGGGCAGCUGCAAGGAGCUGCGGAAAAGUGGAUCUGCGGAUGCGGGAUGCCGUGAUGUCGAUCUUCCUUCUUUCCCAUUGCCCUUCCCCGGGCUUCUUUGCCGCGUCACCGGUGCCUCUGGUCUCCGCAGCGUGAACCUCACCGAGGUAAAGGUUUUUCCAAGGCAUACAGCGGACUCCAGGCCACGGUGGGCCCUGCGUGCAAGUGGUCUUUUCCAUGCUCUGCACGUCUUUAUCCAGGUGUCAGAGCAUGACCUCCCUAUCCUCGCGGGGGAGGUUUGUUGCCCGCCGCGGAUGAACUGGACGCUGCAGGUGUCUGCGCACUGCUCCUCAAGCAACUCCUUCGAUGGAAAUGUAUCUGUGGACUUUUUCCGGACGGACGACUUCCACCUUGAUCUGCCGGUUCAUGGAGGGGCGGGCACACACUUCCGCUUGGAUCUUGGCUCUGCCACGAGGCUGGUCGAUGGGGCGCUGCGGUCACGCCUGCAG